AUGUCUUUGAAUGAUGGGUCAGAAGAGGAGGAUGAGAUGGCCUACUUAACCAGAAAGUUCCAGAAAAUAGUUAAAAAGCACGUAAGGUUCCAGAAAAAAGGGAUUACAAGCAGAGUGGCAAAUACAAGUGAUCUAUGUCACAAAUCUGGGAAGACUGGACAUUUCAUGAGGGACUGUCAAAGCCAGAAGCAAGAAACUCAAGAUUUCAAACCUCGGAGAAGGGACCAGGUCCCUGACCAUGUGAAGAGAAAGGCCUAUGCUGAUCAAGUCAUGAAGAAAGCCUUUGCGGUAUGGGAAAACCCAUCCAGCGACUCUGAGGAAGAAGAAGACAAUCAUGAAGACGUCUCGAUGAUGGUUUUCAAUGAUGAUGAAACCGUGUUCAACUCCAUAUUUUCUCUAAUGGCCAAAUCGGACGACGAAGAGAACCAGGAUGAGGUAACCCUUUUCGAUCUCAAAAGUGACUUAGAUACUUUAUCCAUUAAGAGAUUGAGAAAACUUAUUGUUGUGCUUAUUGAUUCAGUAGAUAAAAUAACUAUUCACAAUCUGAUGUUAAGGGAAAAAUUGAGUCUAUGUGAGGAUGAAAAGGCCUACCUUAACUCUCAAAUGUCUGAAAUGAGUGUUCAGGUAAGUAUUCUAGAAACUGAGAAUCUGCAACCUAACGAGGGACCUAGUACCUCUGAGGGUAAACGAAAGCUCAAUAGUUUUAAGGUGGAGCUAGAAGAAAGUUUGGAAGCAUCUGAGUCUAAAUUAGUUGUUUCUCUUGAAAAGAAUCCACAACUAAUGAAAAACUUAAGUCAGAUUAAAGAAGAGCUAAACCAUUCCCUGAAUAAGAUUUUGUCAAGUUUAGCUAACCAAAAGUUUAACAGCAGAAAAGGCUUAGGGUGCAGACAAAUAGAACCUCUUUUCAACCCUCACAAUAAAUAUGUAUCUGUCUCUGACAAUCUUUUGUGUACCUAUUGUGGAAGAAAUGGUCAUCUGAAGAAAAAAUGUGAAUCUCUAAAAAGGGAAGGUUUCUCAUUAAACCUUUUGACAGUUUUUGGGAACUCCAUCUCAAGUGGGUUCCCAAGUCUACUUACUGAUUCUUGUGCAGUAGAGAGAAAGCAGUCAAUGCUGGGAGGUGGUGUGUCAUUUGGUGAUGGGAAAAAGGGAGUCAUUCUUGGUAUUGGGAAAAUUGGUAGGUCAGCAAAACAUUACAUAGACAAUGUUCACUAUGUAAAUGGCUUGAAGUACAAUUUGCUUAGUGUAUCUCAAAUUUGCGACAAGGGAAAUGAAGUUAAGCUUUUGUCAGACAAAUGCACAGUCACAAACUGGGACCUGGUUCGUGGAUUGCCGAAGCUGAAGUUUUCUGACAACAAAGUCUGUGAUGCCUGUGUAAGGGGGAAGCAAACGAGAUCAUCUUUCAAGCCAAAGAAAGGUGUAAGCACAACCAGACCACUAGAACUUCUCCACAUGAAUCUAUGUGGACUUGUUAGAAUUCAAAAUAGAGGAGGCAUCAGAUCACAUCAUGGUACAGAGUUUGAAAAUGCCCAAAUUGAAGGCUUUUGCGCUGAAAAUGGAAUUCAACACAAUUUCUCUACACCAAGAACUCCUCAACAAAAUGGGGUUGUGGAUAGGAAGAACAGUACCCUGAUGGACAUUGCUAGAACCAUGUUGAUUGACUCAGGACUUGCAAUGAACUUUUGGGCAGAAGCAGUCAACACAGCUUGCUAUGUUACAAAUAUAUGUCUUAUCAUGUCAGUUUCAAUUAAAGGAAACUAUGCAGAACCCAUAGAGGCACAUGGUCCCUCCGAUACAGCUCAGGAGGGAGUUUCUAAGAACAAAGAACCUGAAGAGGAUGAAUUUGUUGCUGAUAUUGAAGAGGAGAUAACUAGAAAGUCUGGAUGGAAACAUCAAUCGUCCCAUCCUCUAGACAAUCUUGUGUCUCCACUAGAUUUUGGAAUUCAAACUAGAUCUAAAGCAAGAAAUCUAGCUGCUUUCUCAACCUUCAUAUCCACCAUUGAACCUAGAAACAUCAAGGAGGCAUUAAAAGAUGCCGACUGGGUGACUUCAAUGCAAAAAGAGCUUCAUCAAUUUGAAAGAAGCAAAGUGUGGCGUCUGGUCCCUAAGCCUCUCAAUAGAACCAUUAUUGGGACUAGAUGGGUUUUCAAAAACAAGCUUGAUGAGCAUGGAACCAUCACCAGAAACAAGUCAAGACUAGUGGUACAGGGGUAUAAUCAAGAGGAAGGGAUUAAUUAUGAUGAGACCUUUGCACCUGUAGUCAGGAUGGAAGCCAUCAGAAUUCUAAUUUCUUUUGCCACCUACAUGGAGUUCAAGUUGUUUCAAAUGGAUGUUAAAAGUGCUUUCCUAAAUGGGUAUCUGAAAGAGGAGUUGUAUGUGAAACAACCUCUAGGUUUUGAAGAUGUUGAUCUGCCAAACCAUGUGUUGGAUAAGGCAUUGUAUGGUCUAAAACAAGCUCCUAGAGCUUGA